CCGGGGAUGCGAAGGUUCAUCUCGCUGUCCCGUCAUACAUUUAUCAGCAACUUCGUUCAGUUUCUCUUGAAGAUUCAGUUGACUUCAGAAAUGAUCGUCACAACUUUAGCCAGUACUUCCCAUCUAGCAAGGAGAUCGACCUUUAGCGUUCUCCGUCCUCUAUAUUCUUGUUACUUGCCAAGAGCAUCAUUUUCUGCAUCCUGUGGUCAAAUAAAACCCAUUUCUACCAGGAGAGAUGAUCAACAGCAAGGCUUCAAAUGGCUGUGGCCUGUGUAUAAAGAAAUGGAGUUCUAUAUAGCAGGUCAUAACGCAGGCAGCAAGCAGACAGGUUCUAUAUGCAGAUACAAUACGAAGAAACCAUUGAUAGCGGAACAUGUGGUGGUUGCGUUGAAGCAUUUUCAGAGAAAACUGCCAAACUACCGGAUCUUCACAAAGGAACGCGAUGGGGAGCUUUGGGCGUGUGAAGCGCUUGAGCCAGAAGUCGACUUUAAGGUCUUGGAAGGAGCUGACAUCCGCGAAAUGAUGACUGAGAUGAUGACCGUCCCCCUCGGCUGUGACCGGCCUCCGUUGUGGAAAAGUCGCCUCAUUCCUGUUCCCGAAGAUGCACGCUGUUGUCAUCCAGAGGUGAAGGCCGCCUUUCCUCACCAGUACGAUUUCUUCUUUCUGCCACACCAUGCGAUAUCCGAUGGCAAUACCAUGACGACCACCCUGAGGAAUCUCACAGCGCUGCUUGAUGAUGUGAUAGCUGGAAGAACCAUUAGGGAUGACGAACCUUUGGGGAUUCUGGCGGACUAUGAAGAAGUCUCGGCAUUAGAUGCGGAGAUUGUGAAGGAGCUGGAGAGGGACCCCGAAAGAUUCAGUGAGCUUAAGGCGGAGACUCUGGCUUGUGACACAGCGCCUAUCAUCCUAAAGGCUUUUCCCCCACCAGGAGGCAAGCCGGCAACCGGGUGCGUUUUCCGUAACGUGGAGCAGGAUGUGCUUGCUCGCUUUCGCUCCGCUUGCAAGGCCAAUGGAGUGUCUUUCAACAGUGGUUUCGAGGCCCUCAUUAACACCGCCUUAGUGGAAAUGGUGCGAGACGCCGGCGUGGAGGGCGAGGCGCACAGUAUCAGCAUCAACCUGGCCACGGAUCUCCGGCGGUACAUAAAGCCUCGCCCUCUGCCCAUCCUCGGCCUCUUCGCUCGCCCCACAGCGCACAGGAUCGAGACGCCCGUCGAUGUCCGAUCUCACUUCUGGGAUUACACUAAGGAGCUUCACCGGAAAGUCACUGGUCUCCUGAGUUCCAGCGGAGCCUUCAACCAAGACGUGGUUCGACGCCUCACGCAACCACCCGUCUCGGCUGAAGACUAUUACGCCGGGCCGCCUCUGCCGCUGCGGGACUACGGACUCACGAAUCUCGGAGACUUCACCGAGAGAAUUCCAGGAACAGGAGAACACCUGCAGCUCACGGACAUCACCAUGUUUGCUGCGAUUCCCCUGUCCGUCUACAUGAUGCUGCACCAGAUCUAUACGUUCCGCGGACAUUCCCCUUACACGCUAAGCUACGAUACUUCUUACAUGACCGAACACACAGCCACUAUGCUCGCCGAUGCAGUUCUGACUCUCCUGGAUGAAUUUGGCCGAUCCCAAAGCCAAGGGAACGGAAAAGGAAAGUAUGAGCUGGCUAAUACUUGAAAUGUAUUAUAUGCAUCCAAGAAAUGUUAGAUAUAUAACUGUCUUUGUAAUAAAAGGCAGAGAAUUGUCCUGCAUAAAUGUCCAGGUACUAUAAAACGAGCUUUUUAACGGUUUUUACUUUCACGUUAUUAGGAAGCACAGGUCAGUAUGUGCAUUUAAUUAUUAGAUUAUUAAUUAUUAGACCUGUUAAUAAAGACCUAUGGAUACCUGUUACCUUGGACUUGUCUGUAGCAGUACAGAGCACGAAAAGCUAAGAGUGAAGUUAAAUAAAUAACCUUCCCACGAAAACAAUUUGGCCACCAUUAAGAACGAAUUCCACUGUUUUUUUUUAGCAUAUGCCAUGCGUUCCAGAGACUAACGUAGAAAAUAAAACCUCUGAAACCUUGAA